CAUGCGCCUUCGUGUGGCAGUGACGUCGUCGCGAGGAAGUGACGUCCUUACAGCGCACCGUCCACGUAGCAGCAGAUCGGGUUCCAUCGCUUCGGUAUCAUCAGCGACAGCCGUCGAACGACACUCGUGCGACGAGCUCGAUCCAACGUGGAGUAUUUUCAAACAACAUGGAUCAAGUUAAAAAGCUGACUGAGCCUGGCCGCCAAUUCGCCAAAGACAGCAUCAGACUCAUCAAAAGAUGCACGAAACCAGAUCGCAAAGAAUUCCAAAAGAUUGCUAUUGCCACAGUCGUUGGUUUCUGUGUGAUGGGUUUCAUAGGAUUCUUUGUUAAGCUAAUUCACAUCCCUAUCAAUAACAUCAUUGUAGGUUCAUAAGAAUUACAUCCCAAGGCUAUCUUUAAGGUUCCAUAAAGAUACUUCCGUUAUUGUACGUCCCGACUCUUAUUUAUAACAUGAAUAUGUGUACUGAAUUGAUUUUGUGAAUGAGAUAGAUGAGAGAUGUGUGUAUAUUAUUAAUGAAUUUUAUAAUAAAAUAGUUAUCUUAAAAUA